GAGCUACAACCUCCGAAAGAUCGGCGGCCCGUCGGAUUUUUAAAAGGUUAAUUAAAAAUCGCAAGUUGCGAUCGGAAUCGGCUAAGAAGAAAGCAGAAGCAGUCGUCAACAUAGUGGACAUCUCCGAGAGGGAGAAGAUGGCUCAGUUGAAGAGUAUCUACAAGAAAGCAGGCCUGGGGAAGGAGAAGAGAGAAGUAACAUACGUCGUGACCAAAAAGGGGGCUGGCAGGAAGGUGAGGCGGCCGGCCGGCGUCAAGGGAGCCUUCAAAGUGGUGGACGGUCGCAUGAAGAAAGACAUGCGGGCGAUGCAGAGGAAAGACACUAAAGGGGGCAAAGGAAAAGGCGACAAAGGAAGAGGACAGAAGGGUGGCAGAGGAGGGAUGAAGGGUGGUAAAGGGCGAAAAGGAAAAUAAAUGUGAUCCUGUAGCACUCUCACAGUGUUGCCUUUCUAACUAUUAAACAUGUCGCAGGUGAGCAUUUAUGGAGCUUUGUGAGCUAAGAUGUCUGCCACACUUUGGGCUCCUGUAUCAUGUACAGAGGCCAAAAUUAGUUUUGGUCAUUCACAUGGAUGCCCUCAUUUUAGGACCUUUUGCUGAGGCUCCUGAAACCCCUUGACAUAAUGUUCUCCGUGUUCUGCGCACGUCUUUCUGAAGAUGUAGAUUAUUUGUCCUGAACUCUGAACGGAGUAGUUUAACUGAACAGCUGAACUGUAAAUGGCAGAAAGUCAAGUAAAAACAUAAUAAAUGUGUUCUCCAGAAAUGUUGCUAUUAAUGUAAAUAUUAUAUACACAUUUUUUGCAAUAAAAGUUUUGUUGAAUCUUUAA